GCAACACAAAUAAGCUUUUCAUCAGGGGCCUUUCCGCAAAAAGCGCCGCCCUCCGACGCCAAAACCCUCUACCCUCGCCGUCGCCGGCGGGCCCGUUCACCCCACUCUCGUGAGAGGUGUCUCGCUCUCUCGGCCGCUCCCCAGACCCCACGACUCCGCUCCGCGCGACGGCGACUCACGACGUCCAGGCUCCAUCCGCGCCGCCGGCUCGCCCGCCUCCCCGGAGCCGUCCUCCACUCCUCCAGGGCUCCGGUAGCGCCCGAGCGCUGGUCCGACUCCGCCCGCCGCCCCGGCCCCGACGAGCCGCUGUCGCGACCGCGCUCACCGCCUGGCCUCCAAACCGGCGCCGCGUUGCCGUCCAACUCCAGCAGUCCAGCGCCCUAGGCUCUGCUCUGCACAUCAGGUGACUGAGGCGCAUUCCCUAGGUUCAAAUCCUAGGACCACCAGAGGCGGCGGCGGCAUGGCUAAUGGCGGCAAGCUAGCGAUCGCCGCCGAUGACGACUCAGGGGCGCCCUCAACCUCCGCUCCUGCGCGGCCGAGGGCGAUGCAGCGGCUUGAGAUUGAGGGCUACGCCGUGGAGGGCGUCUCGAUCGCGGGGCAUGAGACCUGCGUCAUGUUCCCCUCCCUCAACCUCGCCUUUGACAUCGGCCGCUGCCCGCCGUUCGCCAUCUCGCAAGACCUCCUCUUUAUCUCUCACGCCCACAUGGACCACAUUGGGGGCCUUCCCCUGUACGUUGCCACGCGGGGUCGCAGAAGGAUGCGCCCGCCCACCGUCUUCGUCCCCGCCUGCCUUGCCGACCUCGUGCGGAGGCUAUUCGAGGUCCACCGUGCCAUGGACCAGUCUGACCUCGACCACAAGCUCGUGCCGCUUGAGGUCGGGGAGGGCUAUGAGCUCCGCAAGGACCUCAGGGUCAGGUCGUUCAGGACCUACCACGUCGUUCCAAGCCAGGGGUAUGUGGUAUACAAGCUGAAGCAUAAGCUCAAGGACGAGUAUGUUGGCCUCCCAGGGAAAGAACUCAGCAGUCUCAGAAAGUCAGGAGUUGAGAUCACGAAUACAGUGUCGACACCUGAGAUUGCUUUCACGGGAGAUACAAUGUCGGAUUUCAUCCUUGAUCCUGAUAAUGCAGAUGUUUUGAAGGCGAAAAUUCUUGUGGUUGAGAGUACUUAUAUUGAUGACUCGAAAUCAAUUGAGGAUGCAAGAGAAAAAGGGCACACUCACUUGUCUGAGAUAGCGAGUCUGUCUGACAAGCUUGAAAACAAAGCUAUUCUGCUGAAUCACUUUUCAAGCCGUUAUACUGCAGAGGACAUUGAUGCAGCAAUCAACAGAUUGCCACCAUCUCUCCAAAGCAGAGUUCAUGCAUUGAAGGAAGACUUCUAGAGUUCUUUCCGAAGCAGAGUUCACGCAUUGAAGGAAGGCCUCUAGAGUUCAGCGAGCGAUGAAGACUUUUGGAUGGGAUCUUUUGGGCAUUUUGGCGAGGAACCCUUUUGCUCUUGUGCUUUCAGAUGUCGUUGUACCGGCUACAUUGCAGUUUAUAUGAGGCUUUUUUUUUUUCUUUUGUCGGUACUUAGACCAUGAGAUUUGAGACAGUGAAAUCGAAUGACAUGUGAAACAGCCUGAAGUAUCGCCCUUCUAAUUUCCAAACAGCAAGAUACAUGCAU